AUGACGGUACUUCCGCAAGUGCAUCAUUGGUCCACGGAAGGUUCCGAUCAACAACAACAAAAAAAAAAGGAUUUUUACGCCGCAGCAAUUGUCGCAAGGAAAACAGUUUUGAUGGGUGGACUCGGUAAAAACGGGAAUUACCCUUAUGAUUUGGAAAGACCAAAUGGGUUGCAGAUGCAACAAUUUUUAUCCAAGACCAUGCCAGUUAGCGUGUCUCGCAAAAUGUUGGAAGACCUUAACAACAUGAACGACAUACCAACGCUCUCUUCAUCGCCUCAUUCAUAUUCCUCCUCAAGUUCGAUAUCUCCGGAUCCGUUUGACCAAAGUCAUUCAUUACAUAGACAACCGACAUUUUCUUACAUUCCAAUACAUAAACGACGACGUUCCUUAGGUCCAUCCCUUAUACAUUCGAUGUCAUUUAAUUCAAUAUCAACGUCCAUUCCAAGUCAACAUUCGUUGAUGAGCUUGGCUUCAACGACAUCUUCAAUACAAACGCCCGAUAGCGAAAUGCCGACAACUCCCACCUCAUUAUUUUCUUCAACGUCCGAUCAAUCAAUGGAAUAUACGAGUUUUCCGAAUUUAGAAAAAUUUACUGACGAAUGCUGGACUGCAAUUCGUGUCGAAGAAAAGAAAGAUGUGUCGAUUGACAUCGAAAUGGAAUCUUAUGAUGAAAUGUUGGUUGGCGGUGUGCGUUUUCACUACACUUAA